UUCCGACGGCUCUGCCGAGACCUCGCUAAGAAGCGAAAUGCUUGGCCGGGGUUAUUCGUCGAGUCCGGCACCCGGGCGAUCAAUCAACAAGGGAAGCACCCCCCUACGGAUACAAUCCGGUCAAGGACUAGUGUGCCUAGUACCUAGCUCGCAAUGGGAGGGGGUCGGAGCAAGUUCCGUCGUCUUGCAACCCUUCUCAGGGACCGCGAUUUUUGUUGGCGUCGAUUGACUUUUGGAGUUGGCGCGUUGCGGGUUUGAGGACGCUGAGCAUCCAGCGUCAACCAGCCAACGAUGGCUACCUCGACGUCGGUCCUCGCGACGACAACCUCUCCGACGCCCCUGGUGAUCACCUCCUUUCCCACGAUACCAUUGACCACGACCUUCACGCGGCCCAAUGAAGGUUGUGGGGGCAUCUACCUCCCGGACGACCCGCCGCUGUUCAUGAUCGAUGACCGACCGUCCUGUCUGCCGUCCCGCUUCUCGACCUCGGACUCGUCCUUCUUCUACUCGCCGGGCAUUGCCUGCCCGAGCGGCUACUGGACAGCAUGCUACGACACCACGGGCGUGUCGUCCAUCACGACGGUCACCUGCUGCCCGACCUACGGCGACAUUAAGCUGUCGUGCGUGGCGGACCCGCUGACCCUUAGUAGCGUGUGGGAGACGCUGUUCUGCACGUGGGUCGCGCCGGCCGAGACGGGGACGGUCAUCACGACAACCGAGAGGCGGGGGAAGACGUCGGUCGGGACGGCGCAGGUGACCGCGCCGGGCGGGAUCAAUGCAUACGGCGUGCGCAUGGUGUACCAGUCGACAGACUUGUACACCUCUACCUCGACAUCGUCGUCGUCAUCAGCGUCCGAUACGACCGAUACCGCCGCUCCCUCUACGACAGCAUCCCCCGGAGACCCCCCCGCGAUUUCCGGCUCCGCCUCCAGCAGCGCAGACUCCUCUUCGGGCCUCUCAACCGGCGCAAAAGCGGCAAUCGGCGUCGUCAUUCCCUUGGUGGUCAUCGGCGCAUUAAUACUGGGGCUAUUGUUCUGGCGCAGGAGGAAACAACAGGUACUACCACUAUCGCCAGAGCAAGAAUACGCAGCCACAGCCGCAACAGCAUCAGUGGCGCCACCCGACGAACACCACCAGCUCACGGAGCAGCCGAAGUUGCCAGUGUACUACUACGGGAGCCCACCGCAGCCGACACAGCCGCACCCCCACGAGAUGCCGGGGACGUAUUAUCUGCCAGAGAUGCCCAGUGCGCGCCAGGCCGCGGCUGAGCUGCCCGCGGACCCGACGGAGCCAACGCCCACGUACACCAGUUAUUACGGGUAUGGGAAGUGAUGAGUGGUUGCAUUUUGAAAAUCUGAUUUCGCUUCGAGUUGAGGAGGAGAUUUAUUGAAGAUGUUAAUUCGACCUGUCAAUAUUGGAUGAAAGUAGAGACCGUGUUUUCUUGAUACAAAAAGGGGUCCUUAUAUUUCACCCGCCGGAUACAGCAUACAAGCUCCGGAGGAACAUCGGUGCAGACACAGGUUUGAGAGGGCUCGGCGGGAGAAGUCCAACAUAACUCCAUGUACUGUACCAGUAAUGAACACCGC